CUCACUCUGAAUGGACGCAACGCUCCGCGGUGCGCGUCAAUCCGUGCCUUACAAGAUUUGCUCCCCGACACAAUUCGAUGAGUGAUGCCGAGUUCUAAGUGAUAAGUUGCCGCUGGUUCGUCUGUGUGCUCGGGAUCACAGAUCCCUCCGGCUGACUGACACACUCCAGUGAGGACAGCCGCACAUUACAAACUGGUUAAUAAUCAUCAUCUGGUCAUACCAGAGAGAGAAAACCCCACAACAGAGGAACAGGAUCAUCGGCACAAGAGUGAAAACUGUGAUUCUCCGCCACACAGCGGAACAAUAGUCAAUUAAGAAAGAACGGGACAACUGGGACAUUUUUUUUCUUUUUUCUUUUUCUUUUUCUUUUUGUUUUGUUUUUGUUUUGUUUUUUGGUGCGACGGCCAGUGGACAACUUGGGGGAAAAAAAAAAAAAAGGGAAAGUGGAUAAGAGCAAAAAGCGGAGAAAUAAAGGAGAGAGGUCUCAGGUUGGCAGUUGUUGAUUCACCGCCAUGCAACAUGAGUAACGACAGUAACGGAGUCGGGGGGCUCCAGUCCCCCUGGAACUUCACUGGGUCCUCACUCAACCAAUCCUCUGACCUGUUCUCCAACGCCUCAUGCAACAUCUCCACCAAUGACUCAACAACCUGCUCCCCGGUGGACGAUGGAGUCGGGGCAGCCAGUCCGUACAAAGCUUUGGAGAUGUUUUUUAUCGCCUUGGUUACAGGAUCUCUCAGCUUUGUGACUGUCACCGGAAAUAUCUUAGUCAUGCUGUCCAUCAAAGUGAAUCGCCACCUACAAACUGUUAACAACUAUUUCUUAUUUUCGUUAGCAUGCGCUGACUUGAUUAUCGGUGUUUUCAGCAUGAAUCUGUACACAGUCUACAUCAUCGUAGGCUACUGGCCACUCGGGCCAGUGGUCUGUGACCUGUGGCUAGCUUUAGAUUAUGUUGUCUCGAAUGCCUCGGUGAUGAAUUUGCUGAUCAUUAGCUUCGACCGCUACUUCUGCGUGACUAAACCCCUGACGUAUCCGACAAGACGGACGACAAAGAUGGCGGGGUUGAUGAUCGCGGCGGCGUGGAUCCUGUCGUUCAUCCUGUGGGCUCCCGCGAUCUUGUUCUGGCAGUUCAUCGUUGGGCAGCGAACAGUGCCGCCCGGAGAGUGUUACAUCCAGUUCCUUUCUAACCCCGCAGUGACGUUUGGGACGGCUAUAGCAGCGUUCUAUCUCCCUGUCAUUAUCAUGACAGUCCUGUACAUCCACAUCUCCCUGGCCUCCAGGAGCAGGGUUUCCAAACACAAACCAGAGAAGAAAGAGAAGAAGGGAAUAAAAACUCCCAGCUUGAUAAAGAGUCACUUGUUGAAGCAGAACAACAACAAUGAGACCAGUCCUCAGGCCAGUCCCCGCUCGACGCCCAAACUCAGCGUGGACUCAACUACGACUGCGUUGGAGGCCGUGAAGAACGGCAGGGUGGAGGAACCAAAACCAGCCAAGGCAAAGCCUCUCGCGCAGCCCAGUCCGGGAGUCACGCAGGAAAAGGAGAGCUCCAACGAUUCGUCCACCGCUUUUAUUCCCCCCACAGAACCAAAGAACAACACCAAGAAUGAGGUCAUAUCUGAGGCUGCAACAAAUCCCAACCCAGUAAACACGGAGACUGCCGAUCCCGCCGAGCCCAAGAUCAGCGCCAGUUCAAAGUGGUCCAAGAUAAAGAUUGUAACAAAGCAGGCCGGAGACGAAUGCAUCACAGCUAUAGAGAUCGUCCCUCCUGUAGAGGGAGCCGAGAGACAUUCGAUCCCAAUCAGCCGCCCGAGGACUGUGGCGCGAAAGUUUGCAAGCAUCGCUAGGAGCCAAGUGAAGAGGAAAAGACAGAUGGCUGCCAGAGAAAAGAAAGUGACCAAGACUAUCUUUGCCAUCCUGCUGGCUUUCAUCAUCACAUGGACACCUUAUAAUGUCAUGGUGUUGAUCUCCACCUUCUGCCAGUCCUGCGUCCCCGACACUGUGUGGGCUAUCGGCUACUGGCUGUGCUACGUCAACUCUACCAUCAACCCCGCGUGUUACGCACUGUGCAACGCCACGUUCAAAAAGACAUUCAAGAACCUGCUCCUGUGCCAGUACAAAAACAUAGGUACAAGAUGAGAUGGAAGAAGACG